AUGCAAUCACAUUUAGAUCCUUCAAAUCCAUUCGCCUUUUCUCGUGAACAAAUGAUAUCUAUCGUAGAUCAAGCGCGACUUGAUUUAAUAGAAUACAUGGGGGGCGUCGAUACUAUUGCAAAGGGAUUACAUUCAGACAUCACUAAAGGUAUCGAAUGGAAUGAAGGAAAUUUGUCGUAUAUCCGCAUGUUUGAUCUUCUUCAACAACAACAACAACAACAAGAGGAUGAAUUUUAUAAUCCUCAGCUCCCACUUUCACCAAAUGACUCGAAUACAUUUGUGCAAAGGAAACAAGUGUUUGGGUCUAAUACUCUACCUAAAGUAGAGGAAGUCGUAUUGUGGCAACUCAUGUGGAAUACGUUUCAAGAUAAGAUUUUAUUACUUCUGACUGGUUCAGCUAUAAUUUCAUUAUCAAUAGGUAUUUAUGAAGACAUUUAUACGGUAGAGUAUGAUAGUUCAGGUAAUAAAGUACCUAGCGUAAAAUGGAUAGAAGGCGUAGCUAUUAUUAUUGCCAUCUUAUUAGUGGUGAUUGUUACUAGUGUAAAUGAUUAUCGGAAAGAAAAGCAAUUUCGUUCAUUAAAUGCUAAAAAAGAAGACCGAGAUGUAUAUCUACAGCCAGGAGAAAUUGUCUGCGCAGAUGGUAUCUUUAUAGAGGGGAAUAAUUUAAAAUGUGAUGAAUCCAGUGCUACUGGAGAGUCAGAUGCAGUUCUCAAAUUAUCAUGGAAGGAAGAGAAUGAGGGGCAAGCGCCAAAUCCAUUUUUAAUUUCAGGAUCUAAAGUAAUUGAAGGUAUAGGCACUUAUUUAGUGACAGCAGUUGGGCCCUAUUCCUUUCAUGGACGUUCAUUGAUGACACUCCGCAUAAAGAAUGAAAAUACACCUUUACAAGAUAAACUGGAUAUUUUGGCGACUCAGAUUGCGAAAUAUGGAUUAUUUGCUACUGUCUUUUUAAUGUUUUUGCUUAUUUCCCGUUCUGUUAUUGGUUACACCACCGGGAGCCUUUCUACUCUACCAUCGGAUAUUAUUUCUCAUGUUAUGCAAAUAUUAAUUACUACCAUCACUGUCAUUGUCAUUGCUGUUCCAGAAGGCUUACCGCUUGCCGUCACUUUAGCUUAUGCAACACAAAGAAUGUUAAAGGAUAACAACCUUGUACGAGUAUUAGCAGCUUGUGAAACUGCAGGAAAUGCUACAACCAUUUGCUCAGAUAAAACAGGUACUUUAACAGAAAAUCGAAUGGAAGUUGUGGCAGGAACAUUUGGAUCUUCGUUUCGGUUUCUUAAAAAUCCUCCUAUUUCGCGUUACCAUGAUUUAAUCAAUAUAGAUCAUAUCAAGAAUAAAGUCCCUAUUGCAGUAAAAAAUGUCAUAAAUCAAUCUAUUGCCGUUAAUUCAACUUCAUUUGAAAAUAUGAACAUGAUGGGCGAUAAAUCAUUAGUAGGUAAUAAAACAGAAACUGCUAUGCUUUGUUUUGCAAGGGAUUGUUUAGGUUCAGAACCCUUUGAGUUGCUAAGAUCGUCUUGGCAUCUUGAGACCCUUUUUCCUUUUAGCUCAUCUCAAAAGGCAAUGGCAGCUGUAAUUCGUAUUUACGAUGAAGAUGGGAAACCUAUUUACCGUGCCCAUCUGAAAGGUGGAUCAGAGUUCUUAUUAAAUAGUUGUAGCUCGAUUCUAUCUAUGCAUGAUCCAUGUUAUGAAACUCAGAAGGAUAGCUAUCCUAUCUCUAUUCGAGCUAUGACAGAUGAAAAUCGAAUAAGAAUAGAUAAGAUCAUUCAAAGUUAUGCAACGCGUUGUCUAAGAACGAUUGCUUUAUGUUAUCAAGAUUUUGACAAUUGGCCAUCAGAUAGAACAUUAGAAGAAAUGAUUGAAGAGAAGAAGUUAACGUUAUUAGGCAUUAUUGGUAUUGAAGACCCUUUAAGAGAGGGCGUAGCAGAUGCCGUUUCUAUCUGUCAACGCGCUGGCAUAUAUGUUCGAAUGGUGACAGGUGAUAAUAUAUCAACAGCUAAAAGUAUUGCACGUCAAUGUGGUAUCUAUACAAAGGGAACGAUUGCAAUGGAUGGAGCUACAUUUAGAAAGUUAAAUGAAUGUGAACGAAUAAAGAUACUUCCUCAGUUAAGUGUGUUGGCGAGAUCAAGUCCUGAAGAUAAAAGACUAUUAGUCAAUACCUUACGUGAAACAGGAGAAAUAGUAGCAGUAACUGGAGAUGGUACGAAUGAUGGGCCAGCACUGAAAGCAGCUGAUGUUGGAUUUAGUAUGGGAAUAUCAGGAACAGAAGUAGCUAAAGAGGCAUCAAGUAUAAUUCUUAUGGAUGAUAAUUUUUCAAGUAUUGUUCGAGCUAUCGCCUGGGGGAGAUGCGUAAAUGAUUCUAUUAAAAAAUUUAUACAAUUUCAGUUAACAAUCAAUAUUACAGCAGUUACAUUAAUAAUGAUAUCUAGUAUAAUGAACGAUAAACAAAAAUCAAUUUUAUCUACAGUUCAACUUUUAUGGGUUAAUUUGAUUAUGGAUACAUUUGCAGCUCUUGCACUUGCCACAGAUUCUCCUUCUUCUGAUUUAUUAAAUCGAUUACCAGAAAGAAGAACAGCACCGCUUAUAAACUAUAGUAUGUGGAAAAUGAUUAUUGGACAAUCUGUAUAUCAAUUGAGUAUUACCUUAAUACUUAUCUAUACAGAUAUAUUAAACUUAUCCGACAAUGAAGCCACUUUACAAACUGUUAUCUUUACAGCCUUUGUAUUUUGUCAAAUAUUUAAUGAAAUCAAGUAA